GCCUCGCACUGGGCACAGUGCUUCUCCAGAAACUUCAUGGACAAGUGGAACGUAUACCGGUGCCGGGUGCAACGCCUUUACAUCUUGUACUCGACGAUUUUGUUGGGAUUGAGGAACUGCUCCCGUUGCGACGCAUCCAAAUGGGCUACGGUGCGCGUCAGUGCCGAGCCCGAACCCGAUCCCGAUCCCGAUCCCUGUCCCUGACCCUGACCCUGACCCGAUCCUGUUCCAGUUGCUGAUCCCGAGGAGGACUUGUGCUUGCCAUCGCCGCCGCCGCCACUGGUGCGUCCAGUAUCCGUGCCAAUGGGCUGGUAAACGCCCUCUGCACUGAUCACACCCACAUUGACGCCGGCGACCACUGGCUGUUGGAGAUAUCCGGAAUACUGUGGCGGCAGCUGGUAAUUGCCCGGCGGCUGCUGCUGCUGCUGUUGGUGGCUGCCCGCCCGCGGCUGCUCCGUGUGGGCAAUGGGAUACUGCUGCUGAUGGGCGUAGUCCUGGCUGCUGCCCACAGCGCCAGCGCCAGCCACCGAGCCGCCAGCUGCUCCUCCGCCACCGGCUGAUCCUCCAGCACCGCCACCGCCCAUCCGGGAACCGGAAUCAUCGUUCAGGCCCUCACCCAUUUCACCAUCCCGAUUGCGCCGUCCGCGGAUGCACAGUUUGGUGAAGAGCCAGACUCGUCCGCGGUAAAGGAGGUAACAACAGAAGUGAACGAAGAACGUAAAGAUGAUCGCACAGGCCGUCACUAUGAUCGCCUUGCCCGGCUUGGUCCAGUCCAUCAUGGGAUAGAUAGCAGUUUGAUUUUUCCUGCAAACACAAUCGUCAUUAUCAUCCAAAUUUGAUCAAUCAUUUUCAGUGCGUAUGAAAAUCACCUGUCUGUUCCGCCGGCCAAGAAAUAGAUUCCCGUGAAUAUGGCGUAGGCCAGGCCAAUGCCAGUGGUAAAGUAGGCGUGGCUCAUCUUUAUCGGAUGCCCCACAAUGGCCAAAUCGAUGAGCAUUAUAAUCGUGUUGAGCACAUGGACCAUUAUGUUUAGCGCAUCGAUCUUAUGGAUUUCUGAAAGAUAAAAGAUGUAUAAAAGAUAUGUUCUCUAAUUAAAUGGUUUCCCUUUUCUAAAGAACUCGAUUAAAAUGCACUUCGUUCUAUUCAUAUAUUUGGCCCUGCAGGGGAGGCUUUUUCACAGGUGUCCAAUUUAGGAAAUCCCUAAUCCAUGAACAUCUCCCACUGGCUCUUAACGGAUCUGGACAAAAACUUUUGAUUUGCCGUCUGGCCAGCGUAGUAGAACUCAAAACCAACGUCAUUGGCGGAGUCAAGAAAGAUGUAGCAGGCGAGAAAGUCGAACAGGAGCAUCGUGGAGCACAGCGGCCUAUCCAGAAUUGGCGGUAAAUUCUCCCAAUAGCCGGAUAUGACCUGCGCCUGGAACACAAUCAAUGGGCAUAUAACUUGCCAGAGCACAAAGUGGGUGGCUACUUCAUAGGAGAAUAUCUGAUCUGAAACGUGUACACAAACGGCGGCCAUUAGGACGGAGGAGAGCACAACGAAUAUGAACCAAGUGAGGAACAAGUAGGCCAUUGCAGGGCAUUCGGGCAAUAGAUAUGAGCCGACCAGCAGGAGCAGCGCCAUCAUGACAAGAAUCUCCAUGCUCAGCAGCAGGACGUGUCCCGUCCGCUGGUUUGAAAGGAUACACACCGUUCCCAGUGCCAGACAGGCUGCUAUGCAGCAGCUGACUAUCCAGUUGAAGGGGAACUUCCGGCGCAGCCAAGUGACGUUGACAUAGACGCACAGGGUGACCAAUCCGAUGACAAAGAAGCAAUAGGUAGCCACUACAUCCGGAACCAGGAGGUAUCGUCUGAACAGGCCCGGCAAGAUGAGCAGCCCAAUGGCCAGGACAAUGAACAGCGCCGCAAUGCCGUAGAUCCACUGGGCCACCUUGAGACGAAGGCGCACGACGCCAUCGACUGGCUGAUCAUUCAUCGAUGUGGGGGAUUUCCUCGUUUUCUGCUUGUUUCCCGGCGCCCGUGUCAAGUGUCAAAGGCGACAGUUCGGCCUGACAGCCAGUAUGUUAAGUGUAACCAGAUCGGCAUCAGCCCCAAAUUUCAGCGUGCGAUCCGUUGUAACCUAUAGCUCCACGAGCCACUUCGAGGCAAAUCAUAGUGUGAGUGAUAGUCCGUUCUCGGAAGUGGAUCGUUUUGUGGAGGCUGCCACCAGCAUCAACCGUUUUCCAAAGAGGCGGAAACUCUCCUCCUGCAUUUUCCGAACCUACGUCUGCCUGCUGUUGGUCAUCCAGGUCAUCCUGGCAUCGCUGCAGUGGCUCGGAUCCACGUACCGCUGGAAACCGCAGCUGAGUGCGGCCAACCGCGGCCUGUCCGUCCUGCUACUCCUGAUUUCGUGGAUCAACCUGACGCUGGCCUUCAUGGGCUUCCGGCGGCUGCAGUUCACCUUCCCGCUCAAUUGGAUUGUCUUUGGGUGCAUCUUCGAGAGCCUCACGCUGCUGGUGGUAUGUCUGCACAUUCUGGAACAGGACCUAACGUGGCCGUUUGUGCUAAUUGGCAUUGGCGUGCUGGUUGUCUAUACGCUGCUGGGGCUGUGGGUACCUGGAUUCCUCACAGCCAACUUGUGGAUCCUAAUCCUGGCAAGCAUUGUGGUCUUCCUGGUCUCGACAGUGGCCUUGAGCGUUCGCCUGCAGAUGCGAUACUACGUGCCCGCUAGCGUCUGUUUGGUUUUCUUCGGACCCUGGACCAUGUACAACUCCCAGAAGUUGUUCCUGCACCACAAGCGGUCUGGUUACGUAGCUCACCAGUAUUUGGAGGCGUCCGCCAAGAUGUUCAUCAAUUAUGCCUUCACUGUGAGUGGCAUUAUAUUUGCCCACCGCUUCUCGGUGGACACAUUGGAUGCCCACAGUUAGGAUAUGGUGAUUUCUUGGCUGCCAUUUUUGUGGUUUAGAUUUUUUAUAAGUCUUUCUAAGUGCUGUGCACAAUUAAAUUAUGUGUCGCAAAAUUUUUUGUUAUUCCUCAAUUAAAACCCCC